CCUUCGCCGUUUCUCGAUCCCGGCUCACAUUCAGUCGCCGACAGUCUCGGUAUCCUUCAAUUGAAGCGCGACCACCUCAUCCCCGCCGUUCUUUCCCCGACUGCCGACUCGGAAUACGCAGAAGGCAAGGUCGAGAACACACGCUUCGGCUCCUUCCCACACAGCACACUCCUGAACCAGCCAUGGGGCACCCAGAUACUCGCUUCGCUUGUUGACACAGGCUCGCGCGGAGCAAAGUCGAAGAAGCGGAAACGCGGACAGAACGAUGAGGGCGCGGGAGGACCUAGAGCAGACGCCGAAGAUGUGAAGAAGGAUAUUGCGAAGGCUGCCACGGCGAGCAGUGGGUUCGCGCAUCUCAUUCCACCUACUCCGGAGACAUGGACGUUGUGUCUGCCGCACAGGACGCAGGUCGUGUACACGCCGGACUACUCGUACAUCCUUCAGAGACUCCGCGUGCGACCUGGGGACCACAUAAUAGAAGCAGGAGCGGGCAGUGGCAGCUUCACUCAUGCCGCUGUGAGAGCGGUCUUCAACGGCUAUGCUAGGCCUGGCGAAACACAGAAUAAUAGCGAGGAAAAUGAAGCGAGCGAAGCUGGCCCGACAAAGAAGAAGCGAAGGAAGAGACACGGCGGUGUAUACAGCUUCGAAUACCACGCGCCGAGAGCCAAAGAGCUACAGAGCGAGAUCAAAGCGCAUGAGCUCGACUCGCUCGUGACCGUCACAAAUCGAGACGUCUACGCCGAUGGAUUCUGCUUAGAUAGCGACGAUGAGCCAAACGCAGACGUUAUAUUUCUCGACCUCCCCGCGCCUUGGCUUGCCCUCAAGCACCUAACACGCUCGCGCCCCUCAUCCGCAGUCCUGAAAUCCCUCUCCUCCGACCCAUCAACACCAAACGACUCGGACAUUGCCACCCAACCGCCCUCCGCACCAACUCCGUUCCGCUCACCGCUCAACCCCAACAGCACUGUGCGGAUAUGCACCUUCUCGCCCUGCAUAGAGCAAGUCACCAAGACAGUCUCCGCGAUGCGCUCGCUCGGCUGGCUCGAAAUAGGCAUGGCGGAGAUACAAUCCAAGCGCCUCGAGGUGCGCCGCGAGCGCAUCGGGCUGCAAGAGGAAGGCCUGCGCGGCGCAAACCCCAGCGCAGCAACCGUGCAAGAAGCGGUCCAGCGUCUGCGAGACGUAGAAGACCGCGCGAAAGUGUUCCAUGGUCUGCAGAAAGAGAAGCAAGAGGAAGUGAUGCGGAGGGCUGAGGCCAAAAAGCGGGGCGAGAAAGUCCCGCCUGUAAGGGAUGAAGAAGCACAGGGCAAAGCGAAGAAAAAGAAGAAGAUUGAGGGGGUACCGCCGUCG